GGAAGGGGGGGGUGGGGCGGGGGCAGCGCGACGAGCGGGGUCGAAGGGACCCUGAGGGACACCCGGUCGCCCGAUGGGGGAGGCAGCGAUGUGAGCUGGACGCCAGCCUCGGUGGAAUCUCAACGUCUCUGAAGGGUCGCCGGCUGUGUCAGGCUCAACUUCAAGGAGAUUGACUUGGAUCUCGUUCAGGAAGCAGUAACCAUCCAAUAAACUCUGGUGUGACUUUUUUUUUUUUAAUUUUGAUAAUACAUUCCGGUGGCUUGGCACCCUGCGCUUUACUUUUGGAACCCCUGCAAUCCCAUGUGGACUUCGGGUAGAAUGAGCAAUGCAAAGAGCUGGCUUGGACUUGGCAUGUCCUUGUACUUUUGGGGAUUGAUGGACCUUACGACCACCGUUCUCUCCAGCACCCCAAUACCACGAGACCAGUUAGAAUCACUCACCUCAGACAGGCAACAGUCACAUCACCGAACCAAGAGGAGCUGGGUUUGGAACCAGUUUUUUGUGCUGGAAGAGUACACUGGGACAGACCCUUUGUAUGUCGGCAAGCUUCAUUCAGACAUGGACAGGGGAGAUGGUUCCAUCAAAUACAUCCUGUCAGGAGAGGGCGCAGGCAUCGUAUUUACCAUUGAUGAUACCACUGGAGACAUCCAUGCCAUUCAGAGGCUCGACAGAGAGGAGAGAGCCCAGUACACUCUAAGGGCUCAAGCCCUAGACAGGCGAACAGGCCGGCCAAUGGAACCAGAGUCAGAGUUCAUCAUCAAAAUCCAAGAUAUCAAUGACAAUGAGCCCAGGUUCCUAGAUGGACCUUAUGUCGCCACCGUGCCAGAAAUGUCACCAGUAGGUACCUCUGUUAUCCAAGUAACAGCCACAGAUGCUGAUGACCCAACCUACGGGAACAGUGCCCGAGUAGUGUACAGCAUUCUUCAGGGCCAGCCAUAUUUUUCUGUGGACUCCAAAACAGGUGUAAUUAGGACAGCACUCAUGAACAUGGACAGAGAAGCCAAAGAAUACUAUGAAGUGAUUAUCCAAGCCAAGGACAUGGGAGGGCAGCUCGGAGGAUUAGCUGGAACCACAACAGUCAACAUCACCCUCUCAGAUGUCAAUGAUAACCCACCCCGCUUUCCCCAGAAACACUAUCAGAUGAGUGUGCUGGAAUCUGCUCCAGUUAGCUCCACUGUGGGGAGAGUGUUUGCCAAGGACCUGGAUGAAGGAAUCAAUGCAGAGAUGAAAUAUACUAUUGUGGAUGGAGAUGGUGCAGAUGCUUUUGAUAUUAACACGGACCCAAAUUUCCAAGUUGGCAUCAUAACUGUGAAGAAGCCCCUGAGUUUUGAAAGAAAGAAAAGCUAUACCUUGAAAGUGGAAGGAGCCAACCCUCACCUAGAGAUGCGUUUUCUCAACCUCGGCCCAUUUCAGGACACGACGACCGUGCACAUCACUGUGGAAGAUGUGGAUGAGCCCCCAGUGUUUGAACCUGGCUUUUACUUUGUAGAGGUGCCUGAGGAUGUGACAAUUGGAACAACCAUACAGAUAAUUUCUGCCAAGGAUCCAGAUGUGACCAACAACUCUAUCAGAUACUCAAUUGACAGAAGCAGUGACCCUGGAAGAUUCUUCUAUGUUGAUAUUACAACUGGUGCCCUAAUGACAGCAAGACCCCUAGACCGAGAAGAGUUUUCUUGGCAUAACAUCACUGUUCUUGCUAUGGAAAUGAACAAUCCCUCCCAGGUGGGAAGUGUUGCCGUCACAAUCAAAGUCUUAGAUGUGAAUGACAAUGCUCCAGAGUUCCCCAGAUUCUAUGAAGCCUUUGUCUGUGAGAAUGCCAAAGCUGGACAGCUGAUUCAGACAGUGAGCGCCGUGGACCAAGAUGACCCUCACAACGGUCAACACUUCUACUACAGUUUGGCUCCUGAGGCUGCUAACAACCCCAACUUCACUGUCAGGGACAACCAAGAUAACACCGCGAGGAUUCUAACCAGGAGGUCCGGCUUCCGGCAGCAGGAGCAGAGUGUUUUCUACCUGCCCAUCCUGAUAGCAGACAGUGGACAGCCCGUGCUGAGCAGCACAGGCACCCUGACCAUCCAGGUGUGCAGCUGCAAUGACGAUGGCCACGUCAUGUCCUGCAGCCCCGAGGCCUACAUGCUCCCCGUCAGUUUGAGCCGGGGUGCCCUCAUCGCCAUCCUGGCCUGCAUCUUCGUCCUCUUAGUGCUGGUGUUGCUCAUCUUGUCAAUGCGGCGACACCGGAAACAGCCAUACAUCAUCGAUGAUGAGGAGAACAUUCACGAGAACAUCGUGCGCUACGACGACGAGGGCGGCGGCGAGGAGGACACCGAGGCCUUCGACAUCGCGGCCAUGUGGAACCCGCGUGAGGCGCAAGCGGGCGCUGCCCCCAAGACGCGGCAGGACAUGCUGCCUGAGAUCGAGAGCCUCUCCCGCUACGUGCCUCAGACGUGUGCCGUCAGCAGCACGGUUCACAGCUACGUGCUGGCCAAGCUCUACGAGGCCGACAUGGACCUGUGGGCCCCGCCCUUCGACUCCCUGCAGACCUACAUGUUUGAGGGAGAAGGCUCCUUGGCGGGCUCGCUCAGCUCCCUGCAGUCGGCCACCUCAGACUCGGAGCAGAGCUUUGACUUCCUCACGGACUGGGGGCCCCGCUUCCGGAAGCUGGCAGAGCUCUACGGGGCCUCGGAGGGGCCUACACCACUGUGGUGACGGAAGCCGGGAGGCAAACGCGUCCAAAUCCAGACGUUCUCAGAGGCUACUUAGCGCACACGAGGUGCAGCCUACCUAUCACAGGAGCAAUACUGAGCUGGAGAUGUGAGCAAGCAGAGGAACAGAGCUCGCGCUGGAUCAGCUUUACUUUGUUAGAUUAAGUUGAAUUAUCAGAAGGCAACCCAAGAGGAAGAGGGCACAAUCGUCCAUUACCUUUUUAAAUUGAAAAAAAAAAAAAUUCUGACACUGUAUUCAAAAGUCUGAACUAUUGGGCAAAAGCUUGACUUUUUUGUUGUUGUUGUUGUUUUUCUUUUUCUUUCUUUCAUUUUUUUUUUUUUUCAGUUCACCAAGGCAUUGGGCACUUUGCCACUACAAAAAGGCUCUGUUUUAAAAUACAGAGAUGGUAGGUGAACUACUUAGAGUCUGUUGGGGUUGGGGGUUGGGGGGGGGUGUUUAUUCAUUUAAAAUUUUUGCUGGAUCAUCAAACCUGCAGUAACCAACCCACACAAAAGAACACAGAAAAAUUAUUCCUCAGUGAAAUUAAACUACUUGUUCAUAGAUGAAUGGUAUUUCAUUUAACCCGUUUUGAGACAAGGUUAAGACCGGCUCAGCCUUGCAUGGGGGAUGGGUGGGGUGGGUGGGAGAAGGAAGAGACAUUGACUUUGUGCUCAAGUUUAACAGCUGAACUAAAUGUUGGCAUUACAGCUAAUCCAGCGACAUUGAGUUAAGAGUGCUUCUGUUCUCUCAGCUCUUUAUACCCCCACAAGCGUUCAGAAAGAAACCGGAAAAGCUGCCUCUUUUGCACUGUAGAUGUCUCUUCCAUGUGCCAAAUGUGGAGAUUAGAUGCUACAAA